AAAAAAAAUAUUUGUCAGUUUGUCAAAAACCGCAAAUGCUUGAUGUGCGUUUUGUUGAGCGAAUUUUAUUUAACUUCACAUUUCUAACAAAACAAAGCGAAUGUGCACAAAAAUACACCUUUUUCAGCGUGACCAACACGUUUACUUGCCAUUUGGCUCAUAAAACCCUACUCAACUGAUACUCAAAACUUGCCUUCAGGGUGCUGACUUUUGCCAUAAAAUUUUGUAUUUUCUUCAAUAAUUUUGUAUUGUCCCAAGCAAGAAGCAACGGCCAAGAAACGGUGAAUUUUAUAGCAUAUAUUGUAUUAGAAGCUAACAAUGACUACUUCAUCAGAAGAUGUUCUGCUAAGUAUUGGCUAUGUGAGGUAUAAGAAGGGUGAUGGAACUCUGUAUGUGAUGAACCAGAGGCUAGCCUGGAUGCUGGAGCACCGAGACACGGUGGCUGUCUCACAUAAAUAUGCUGAUAUUAAAACUCAGAAAAUCUCACCGGCUGGCAAACCCAAAGUCCAGUUACAAGUGGUCCUACACGACGGCACAUGCUCAACGUUCCACUUCGUGAACCCGGCCGGCGCGGAGCAGCAGGCCAAGGACCGCGACCAGGUCAAGAUGCUGCUCCAGGAUCUACUGCCCAAGUUCAAGAGGCAGAUUGAUGGGGAGCUUGAGAUGAAGUCUAAAUUAUUGUCCCUUCAUCCUAUAUUAAAGCAUUUAUAUGAAGACUUAGUGAUAUCAAAGGUGAUAAAUAGUGAAGAAUAUUGGAACACACCCACAUUAAAACAUUAUACUGAAUCUAAUAGUAUUAAACAAGAAGUCGGUGUGUCUGGAGCGUUUCUAGCGGAUAUACAGCCACAAACAGAUGGCUGCAAUGGGCUAAAAUAUAACCUAACGCAGGACAUAAUAGAUGCGAUAUUCAAAACGUACCCGGCUGUGAGGAAGAAACACAUAGAUUAUGUGCCCAAGAAAAUGACUGAAGCUGAGUUCUGGACCAAAUUUUUUCAAUCACAUUAUUUUCAUAGGGACCGUAUAGCAUCAUCAUCUAGUAAAGACUUGUUUGGUGAAUGCGCUAAACUAGACGACCAAUCCAUCGCGUCUGCCAUGAAACAUACUACAUUGGAUCUUACGGUGGACCUCCCCCAGUUCACCGAACGGGUGCCCCUACUCCCGCACGAGGACGACGCUCCAGAACAGCGGGCGGACAGCGGCGCCGUGCACCGGAACAUGAUCAAGCGGUUCAACCAACACUCUAUCAUGGUGCUAAAAGCUAGUCAGAAAUCAAGUAGUUCUAAUAGUAAUAGUAGUAAUAACAAUAAAACGAAUAGCAAACCGACGGAAAACGGAGUGAAAGAGACAAAUACAAAUGGCAUAGGAGAGAAGAGGCCAGCAGAGGAUAGCAAUAGUGAAUGUAAAAACGAACCGUUAGAAAAGAAACAGAGGUUGUUAGAGAAAAUACAUUAUGAAGACUUGGAAGGCACGGGGGAGCCUGAAGAUGUUCAGGAAUUGAAAUUGUCUAAGGUAGAAAGAUAUUUAUUAGGUCCGAGUUCACAAAUUCAACAGUCGAGUACAAAAGGCUCCAACCCGCCGCCGCUGUCUGCUCUCGCGUCGAUAUGUCAGGCGUGGUCCCACGGGCAACAGUGCGUGCGCCCCGUGCGUCUAUCAGCCGCCGCGGCGGUGGCGGCCCUAGGGGAACUCAGUCCCGGCGGCGCUCUGAUGAGGGACCCUUCUCAUGCCAUGUAUGCACAACUAAUACCCCCAGACGUCAAAUCGGACCUGCACCGUAUGUACCUCUCCGGCGGUGAACUACUGCGGGAACUCUGGAGGUGCUUCCCCCAGCCUGGCUCCAGCGUGGUGGAGGGAGAAGACAACAGCGCCAGAGCGAGCCAGUUCUAUGAGGCGCUGCGCAGGUUUAGACACGUCAAGCUAAGGCCGUUUGAGGAAAAAAUGCUUCGCGAUCUGACGCCGCUAGCGACAUCUCUGACGAAACACAUGAACCAGAUGAUCGACACCGCGUGCGCGAAAUACGUGACUUGGCAGCAACGGCAAGGCAAACUACGGUAGUACUCGACUACACCACUAGAUGUCGUUCAACUUUGAGCUGGUUAAUAUUGUCUAGGGUCCGACACGAUAAGUUUGCAACGGGUUUUAAACAUUUGCUGUACUACCACAAAAAAACUUUAAACACUGUUUAACAAGUGUUUAAAACGAAAUUUGACAGAUUUUGUAGGCGUUUGACAGCGCUAAACACCUGUUAAAUACUGUCUAAGUUUUUGUUGAAAGGCCCUUGUUUUGUUAAACUGUUAGCCCGAAUAACGACGUACCAUGUCAAUACCAGAAAUUUCAAAGAUGUUAAGUAUUUUAUGCAUAUUCGUUGCAAUUCAGCCACUUUUCCAGUCUGGGCAAUUCAAUAUUAAUCCACAUUAGACCAGUGAAACCAGUUCUAUUGGUACAGUCUGUGAAUGCCUAACAUAAUUUAAGUAGAAGUUUAAAAUGUGAAGCUUGUAAUACCUAACUGGGCUUUAGAAAGCAUUUUACCCUAUGUCCUUCCUAUGUUUGUAGCAUUUUCAGCCGAAGUUAGGUAUUUCAAUCUGUACUUAGGUAUUUAAUUAAUAAUUUUAUUUAGGAUGGAAGUAAUAAAUGCAUUUUUGAUACACCAAAUCAUAUUAUAACUGAAAUGUUCUGUGCUUCUUUGUAUACGGGCAUUAUGGAUUAUUCUGAAUGAGUGGUUAACAAUUAAAUUCGUAAUUUAUGUU